GUUAAGUGCCGACUUGGUCUUUUGUACAUUCCCAGUGAUGGGAGAUGGAGUCACGGUAGCGGUGGAUAUCCAACAGCGAAGAUAUAGAAUCCAAGGCGCCAGAUACGCGUUGUCUAGCAACUGUACGACUCGUUCGGCAGAGAGCAAUAAUAUGCUUAGCUUCCUUAGCGGCGCUGAGGAUAUGAAGCAAAAGCACGUCUUUGCAAGAGCUAACGGCAGCAUAUAUCUAAUAUUUGUGAGCUUCCUCAGAAAGCAGGAGAAUGACAGCAAACGGAAGCCAAGCGAGGUCUGGCAGUGGCUCUUUAUACAGAAAUUAGGACAAAAAACUCGCGUGUCCUGGAUGAUUUAGGCCCAGGAAGCGGUCAUCUUCGAAGGGGAGUUUCAUGCGGUACAGCUAGAAGCGGAUGCUGUAGGACGUGUCGUCGUCCGGGUACGAGACUGUCGCGAAUCAGACUUGCAGAUGGGCGAGGACGAGGCGAGCUCAUCGAGGUGGUAGAGAG